UGAUCAUCAGUCAGGACUGUCAUCACAAUCCCUACAACUCAGGAGACAAAGGCUGCUGCUGGUCCAGUGUGAAGGAGAUGGCAUCCCUGAACCUGGGGUUGAGCCUGUCCAGGAAGAAGAACAUCUCCAGGAAUGCAGCAGUGGAAAGGAAGAACCUCAUCACAGUAUGCAGAUUCUCUGUCAAGACCCUGAUUGACCGAUCCUGCUUUGAAACCAUUGAUGAUUCUGCACCGGAAUUUCUAAACUUUGCAUCUAUUUUGGAGCAGAUCCUAAGCCAUCGUCUGAAAGGCCAGCUUACCUGGUUUGGCUAUGAAAGUCCUCGAAGCUUUUGGGAUUACAUACGGGUCGCAUGUUCCAAAGUUCCCCACAGCUGUAUUUGUAGUAUUGAAAAUAUGGAAAACGUGAGCUCUUCGAGAGCCAAGGGCAGGGCCUGGAUCCGAGUUGCACUGAUGGAAAAACGCUUAUCUGAAUAUAUUACAGCAGCACUGAGGGACUAUAAAACUACAAGGAGAUUUUACGACGAUGGAGCAAUAGUGCUGGGGGAAGAAGCCAAUAUGCUCGCCGGUAUGCUGCUUGGACUCAAUGCCAUUGAUUUCAGCUUUUGCCUUAAAGGAGAGGGCCUAGAUGGGAGCUUCCCAGCCGUCAUAGACUACACGCCUUAUCUCAAGUUUACCCAAAGCUCUGACAGUAUCAGCAGCGAUGAGGAAGAGCUGCGGACGUUGGGGAGCAGCGGCAGUGAGAGCAGCACCCCAGAAAAUAUUGGUCCUCCAUUUAUGAUGGAUGAAAAUAGCUGGUACAACAAGUGCAAAAGGGUGGAGCAGAAGUAUCGACUGGCAUUGGAGCAAAAGGGUUAUCUUGAAGAAUUGGUCCGCCUUCGGGAAGUUCAGCUAUCAGACUCAGUAUCUCAAAACAAAUUAAUACUACAGAGGAUUAAAGACAUUGAAGUGAACCACAAGCUGGAGAAAGAACAGCUAGAAUACAUAAUUGUAGAACUCCAGGACCAGCUGACUGUUCUAAAGAAUAAUGACUUAAGAUCAAGACAGGAGCUUACCACACACCUCACCAACCAGUGGCCUUCCCCAGGAGCUCCGGACGUUAAAGCUGUGGCCCUGGAUACACUGCUGUACCAAAAGCACAAUGAACAUUGGCAUGAAAAAAGAUUCCUGAGCUUGGGGCAAUUAUCGGCCGACGCCAGCCUCUCCCAGAUUUCGUUUGACCCCGGACAGUCGCAAGACGAAAACGGAAAACAUGACACCUCCCAGUUAAGUGAAGGUAAAGAAGAGACACCAUCUUUAUUAGGCCUGUGUGGCUCCCUCACAUCCGUGGCCAGUUAUAAAUCCCUCACAAGUCUUAAGUCCAGCGAAUGUCUUGCCAGCCCCACCACAGAGAUGACAAGCCCAGGCCUAACUCCGUCUUGAAGAAGCCAUUAUUGAAGGACAAGCUUACUGUGUCAUAUGCAACUACAUUCCGUGUUUGAAUGGCUGUGAAAGAAGGCUUUGUUUAGUAACAUCGGGCCUUGUGUA